AUGACCACCUCCGACUCAGACGAGCCAAUACCCAUCGAUCCCCCUCCAAACCCACAGCCACAUCCCUCACGCAAUCGCACAACGCGCUCCUCACGAUCCACCACCUUUGCCCCGUAUCAAGACGACGACACUGUCCCCGUCCCAGCUCCCGCGCGUCGCGGGCGUCCACGCAAGAACGUUUCCACGACCACUGCACCUGUUAAGCGUAAAGAUGAUGAUGACGACGACGAGGAGGUUGUCUUCGUUGGCGAAACGGUCAUACAGGGUCUCGCGGCGCGGUUUGCCUUUGGCGGAGGCAGCGGCGCGAGUACGGCUAUGAGCACCAGCACGAGCACACGGUCUACAACACCGGCGUCAAGAGCCAGAGCCACCAGGACACCCCUGUCUCGCGCUACGCCUUCGUCAACGUCGGAUUCCAAUGCUCCUGCCCCUCCUCCACUCCCACUGGUUGACAAGACGGUGCCGGUGCCUGACUGGCUCGGUCAACCUAGGAUCCUCCUUCAGCUUUCGCGUUGUGUCGUGUGCCACCGCGACUUUAAGAAGCAGUCAGGAGUUGAGAGAUGGCACCACAUCUCCACGUGUCUGCCUCCUCUCUUUCGCCCCCCAAACGACCCACCUGACCUCAAGUCGCUCCUCAUUGAGGCUCUCGAACCCCACAACAAGCAAUCGCUUCUUGAGCACCGCACAGCACGUGCAGACGAUGUGGUUCGUGCUGCUGGCCUAAUUGUGAACCCUCGUGAACGCCGUGGACCCAAGCUCAAGGUCACGACUGUCAAGGCUUCGCAUGAACGUGAAGAUUGGGAGGAUCAAGUCCACGAGCGCGUCCUCGACCUCGUCGGCGAGCCGAGCUCCCCUCGUUCCUACUCAUCUCCGUCCAUAUCACCUCCUCAUUCUCGUUCGCAUUCUCUCUCGCCCACGCGUUCUCGUUCACCGCGCUCGAGGACUCGUUCCCCUCGCCGCUCGUCCCCCGAUAUGCUGCCGCCAACUCAGCCACUGGGCGAGUCAUCGCUUGCUUCAGAGUUUGCUCGGCCGCCGCGAACUCGCUCUCCAAGCCCACAGUAUGACCUCCUUCUUCAAGCUCCGCCCGUUAUUGGCCUCUCUCAGGCCGUUCGAGACUCCUUUUUACGGGAGCAGCAGGACCUGAGCAACCGCUCUGACCUGGCCCUGGGUCAAGCCAAGCGCCGCCGUGCGCUACUCGAGGACGAAGAUGACUUUGGAGGUUUCUCGUCUCAACGCGUCCCCUCGGAUCGUGACCGUGAACGCCCAAGAUCCUCCAGCCGUUCAGUCGCUCAAUCUUCACCCUCUACCCAUCCGUCCGUUCAACCUCGCCGCAACAACAACUUGCCCAUCGAGCCUGGUCCGCCGCCACAGCAGCCCUUUCGACAAAGGGGAGGCGCGCAUGGUCCAGGGCGCCUUCCCGAGACGUCUGGGACCAGUAGCAGCGACAACCAAGAUGAGCGAGAGCGUGCACGCGCUGCCCGUCUGCGAGCUAUCAUGGCCGGCAGAGCCUUGUUCUUGUCAACCGCCAACAAUCAAUUAGCGCCAAUCAUCCUGUCACCAUACACAGUCUCAGAUGACGAGUCCUUGGACACCGUUCCGGAGCGUCUCAUUGAUUCUCCUGUGGAGCAUCUUCACACCGCAUCGAUGACACUCUCCCCGAACUCGCCCGACCUGCCACUGUUCACGUCACCCCCUUCGGUGCCGAGCCGUCCGUACCCUGACGUUGUCAUUGUCCUAUCUUCCGACUCUGAGGAGGCUGAUUGCAACGAUCCGGCGUGGGGCGAUGCUGCCAUGCUCGUCUGGGAUGGAGACGUCAAUGGUAGCAGUGACGGAGAGGGCAAGAACAGUGGACAUGGGGAAGCAGGGCCCGCCGUCAGCGACAGCGAAGAGGACAGCUGGGGCACAUGGGACCAGGACGCAUGUCUGCACUGGGACGUGGAUGGCGACGUGGGCGUGCGAGAGGAGGAAGAAGAGGAAGAUGAAGAAAACGAAGAAGAGGAUGAGGAUGAGGAUGAUGAUGAAGAGGAAGCUGGAGGUAUGGGCGGGUACGACGAAGAGCUCGAACACAGCAAUCCCCAGGACGACGCCGACGCCGAUACGCCAAGCCAGAUUCCCGACUACGCGUCCUGGGACACUGCUCGGCUUCAGCGUUUGGUCAAGGGGUUUGGAUACCGCCUCAGCACUCAGCGCGCUACACUGGUCAAGAUUGCCAGCGAGUGUUGGAUGGCGCAGCACCCUUCAUCCGUGCCCCGGCCUGUGGCUACUUCCAGGGCGGCAGGGAUGAGAAAGGGUCACGGUACGGGCAAGGCGUCGGUUGCCAGACCACGAAAGCUCGCAGCAACACGCAGCAAGCGUCGAACGCGUACAGCAAGAAGCGAUGAGGACGAGGACGAGGACGAGGGCGAGGGCGAAGACGAGAACGAAAAUGGCGUUCACGAUGUCGACCCCGACUCUGCAACACCUGCAUGCACGGACAAGAACGCUACUCUCGACCGCCAGUUCUACAACAUGAUUCACGGAGACACCCAGCUGUACCUUCGCGUACUGAGGUACGAGCCGAUUGCGUUUGACGAGCUCGCGAGCCGAGCUGUGCAGCUAGGGAUCAAGCGGAAAGGGUGGAAGUCGUUGUUGAAGGAGUUUUUGGAUAAGCGGGGCGUGACCUAUUACACCUCGGAUCCCACAGCGCCCCGCAGGCGAUACUAA